AAGCAGUACAGCAGGGAUAUAAAAAAACAUGAAAAGCAAACUAAUAGGAUUUCUUAUGAACUUUUGGAUUUCUUUUUCACUCGCUUUGUAUUUUCACAUUGGAGAAAGAGAAGAGAAAUGUGUAAUUGAAGAUAUUCCCAGCGACACCUUGGUAGUUGGGAAUUACAAAGUACAACGCUGGGAUAUACAUACACAUGACUUCCUUGAAUCUGCUCCUGGUUUGGGAAUGUUUGUGACUGUCACAACUCCUACUGGUGAGGUACUGUUGUCAAAACUGUAUGGGCCACAAGGGACCUUUUCUUUUACAUCCUACCUCUCUGGGGAGCAUAUCAUCUGUUUCCAGUCUAACUCCACAAGAUUUGCAGUGAUUGCAGGAAGUAAACUGCGUAUACACUUGGACAUCAGAGUUGGGGAACAUUUUUUGGAUGAAUCUGCUAUUCAAGCUAAGGACAAAGUGAAUGAAGUCCAUGACAGACUGGAGCAUCUAAUUGAGCAAAUUCAUCACGUAACCAGAGAACAAGACUAUGAAAGAGAGCGGGAAGAAAAAUUUCGGAAAACAAGUGAAGAAACCAACAGCAAUAUUUUGUGGUGGGCUAUAGUACAAACACUGAUCCUCAUCUCAGUUGGAAUCUGGCAAAUCAAAUCUCUCAGAGAUUUCUUUAUAGCUAAGAAGCUUGUUUAAGUUCUAUAAAG